AUGGCAAAAGGUUGUGACGUAAAGCAGGAGAGGAUCUCGUUUGGCGGGUACGGAGCAGAACCUGGAAAAUUCCAGGGGAACUUCGGAGUUGCAGUGUCUGCUGACAGUGAGAUAUUUGUGACUGAUCAGUUCAACAAACGAGUCCAGGUCUUUAAUAUGAAGGGGACCUUUCUCCGCCUCUUUCCAACCGUCGUGCCGGGUGAAAGAAAGACAAUGCGCCCUUGUAGUGUUUCUAUCGAUGUGGGCCCUGGCUACUUGUGGGUACUGGGGAGAUACAAAGAAGCGCAUGUGGUAAAGUACAGUAAGAACGGACAACCCAUCAAAAAGUUUGAUUUUAUCAACAAGAGCGUCUAUCCCGUCAUCGCGAUGGACGUGCGCAACAGUAAGGUUAUCGUGGGAGACGGACAGAGAAUUGUGAUGUUUGAUCCAAACGGCUCUCGCCUUUGGAGUUCAGAAGUGCGUCUGGGAUACGGGAUCGGGGGAAUCACAUCGGACAAGGAGGGAAAUGUCAUGCUGACGGAUAGGCGUAAAACCAUCCAGAAGUACAUUCCCUCCGGAGUAAAGAUAUUUGAAUUCGGCACCUCUGGAAAGGGGAAGGGGCAACUGAACUCUCCCAGAGGUAUUUGUCUUGACACCUCGGGUCACAUCAUUGUGGCGAGCUAUUUGAAAGACCGGGUAGACAUGUUCACAAGCCAGGGCGAGUUUGUCCGCACCAUCGCGGACAUUAAAUUCCCGGAGGCUGUCGCUAUGGGACCAUGUGGAGAGUUGGUGGUGACUAGCCCAUAUACAAACACUGUAUCUAUCUUCCCACGGCACAUGGUGCUUCCUUGA